GGUGCCGGGGAAUCUGGUAAAAGCACAAUUGUGAAGCAGAUGAAGAUUAUCCACGAAGAUGGUUACUCAGAGGAAGAAUGCAGGCAAUACAAAGUGGUUGUUUACAGUAACACCAUUCAAUCCAUAAUAGCCAUAGUGCGAGCCAUGGGGAGGUUGAAGAUUGAUUUUGGAGAUGUUGCUAGAAUUGAUGAUGCACGGCAGCUGUUUGUUUUGGCCAGUACAGCAGAAGAAGGUGUUCUGUCUCCAGAACUUGCUGGUGUUAUUAAGAGAUUGUGGAAGGAUUCGGGCGUACAGGCAUGUUUCAAUCGAUCUCGGGAGUACCAGCUUAAUGACUCUGCCUCAUACUAUCUAAAUGAUCUGGACAGAAUCUCGGAGCCCAGCUAUGUUCCUACUCAGCAAGAUGUGCUGCGGACAAGGGUCAAAACAACGGGUAUUGUGGAGACACAUUUCACUUUCAAAGACCUUUACUUCAAAAUGUUCGAUGUGGGAGGACAAAGGUCAGAAAGAAAGAAGUGGAUUCAUUGUUUUGAGGGUGUAACUUCAAUUAUUUUUUGUGUAGCACUAAGUGACUACGACUUACUCUUGGCUGAAGAUGAAGAGAUGAACCGUAUGCAUGAAAGUAUGAAGUUGUUUGACAGCAUUUGCAACAACAAGUGGUUUAUUGAUACCUCCAUAAUUCUCUUCCUAAAUAAAAAGGAUUUGUUUGAGGAGAAAGUAACCAGAAGUCCACUGACCAUCUGCUAUCCAGAAUAUUCAGGCGCUAAUACUUAUGAAGAAGCUGCAGCUUAUAUCCAGUGUCAAUUUGAGGACCUAAACAGAAGAAAAGACACAAAGGAGGAGAUUUACACACAUUUCACAUGUGCAACAGAUACAAAGAAUGUCCAGUUUGUGUUUGACGCAGUGACAGAUGUGAUCAUAAAGUGCAACCUUGUUGAAUGUGGCCUGUAUUAA